AUGACUGUCCGGCGACUUCUAUUGGCCCUUGAUUUCUUGCACGCGGAGGCUGAGGUUAUUCAUAUUGAUCUCAAGACCGACAAUUUGAUGCUCAGCCUAGAGGAUACCUCCGUGCUGGUGGACUUUGUAACAGCGGAAUCCGAAAACCCAAGCCCUGGGAAGUUGAUUGGCCAGUCACAUAUCAUUUACAGCAGUCGAAAGUUUCGCAGGCCCACCGAAGCCAAGCACUACAGUCUCCCAAUCCUAUGUGACUUUGGUGAGGCCAGAAUUGGCAAAACGCAGGAGUCAGGGCCUUUCGUCCAGCCACACAUAUACCGAGUACCGGAGGUUAUUUUCGAAAUGCCUUGGGGAAGCGCUAUCGAUAUCUGGAAUCUUGCAGGCCUUAUUUGGGAUCUGUUCGAAGGGCAGCAUCUGUUUGGAGAUAUAUUCGAUGCCAGAGGUGGACAUGACCCGUUCAGGUAUCUCGCACUUAUGGUAGCCUUGAUUGGGCCGCCGCCACCCGAAUUUGUGAGGCGUAGCGAGACGAUGGGGCAGUGCUUUGAUUCGAGCGGUGGCUGGAUCGCUCACCAUGAAGCCCCUGUACCCUCCGUUUCAUUGGAGGCCCUGGAAAAGCGGCUCGGCGGCGAGGAGAAAGAGUUAUUUUUAGCAUUCGUUAGGCCAAACAGCUUCUUAAAUAUCCGUUCUUGCUCUAGCAGCCGCUUGUCCCAGAUGGGGACAUCUCGCAUCAAUUAUAUACUGCGAACAGGCGACAAGAAGUUCAUUCAGGGCCUCAGACAUUAUCGACGUGACUUAUUCCUACCUCAUAAGGCAGAAUAUGGUGCCAACAGUCAAAAUUGA